AUCUCUCCCUCUCUCUCUCUUUUCUCCUAAACCUGUUUCUUACACACGUCCCGACCGACACUUAUACAUUUCAUGUGGCAUAGAAAAUUCUAGAUUUAAGGAGCCUUAAUACAUCUCGAUGCCAUUCGGCGCCAGAACCAGGAGAUAAGAAAUCUCUUUGUCUAAAGUUCCUUUGUGUAACAGGCGACCGACCGCCUGUUACACAAAGGAUCUGAGGUGUACAACCAGAACAACCAGUUCAACCAGAACAAGUCAGAGGGAGAUUUCAAGGGGCGUCUAUUAAACAAGAGACUGGAUGUAAGACGUGGUUGCUGAUUGCUCUGUGAGGUCGUCAGCGAGGAGGGAAGGCAGGAGGAUCCACAGGGGAAUCACACGUUUCUCUCACCAGUCACUCAGGUGAAAACACGCUGGUGUGAAGGACAGUCAACAUUCUUCAUCAUGGCAGUGAACAUCCCAGGAGUGAUAUUGAUGGUGCUCUUCUACCUGCUGGUCCUUGGGACUGGCAUCUGGGCUUCUUUCAAGUCCAAGAGGGAACAGAAGAAAAGUGGAGCCAAUGAGAUGGAGAUGACGUUACUGGGAAACAGGAGCAUCAACUGGGUGGUGGGGAUCUUCACCAUGACAGCUACAUGGGUUGGAGGAGGCUUCAUUGUGGGCACAGCUGAGAUGGUGUACACUCCGUCAAUGGGACUAACCUGGGCAGCCACCAUGUUAACUGCAUACAGCUUAUCUUUUAUUCUAUGUGGCCUGGUGUUUGCUAAACCACUAAGAGAAAUGAAGUGUGUCACCAUGAUGGACCCUUUCCACAUCAAGUAUGGACCAGUUCUGACAGCUGGACUGAGUCUGGCCUCAAUUUCUAUUGAUAUACUGUCUCAAGCAUUAAUACUGAUUUGUUUAGGAGGCACCAUGAGUGUGGUCCUGGAUUUGCCCUACACUCUGUGUAUCUGGAUCUCUGCUGCAGUGGUCAUCAUCUACACUCUGCUGGGAGGUCUCUACUCUGUGGCCUACACUGAUAUUAUUCAGCUUCUUCUUAUAUUCAUUAGCUUGUGGCUGUGUGUUCCCUUUGUCUUGAUGAACCCUAACUGCUUGGAGAUCAGCGAGACACUGAUGAACAACACCUUACACGCUCCCUGGAUUGGUGCACCAGGACUGGAGAAGACCGGGAUCAUGAUGGAUGAAUUCUUCAUGUUUGCACUGGGAAGUCUGGGAUAUCAGUGUUUACACCAGAGGACGUUGGCAGCUUCUUCAUUAGCCACAGCUAAGCUCUCGUGCUUAGUCGCUGCUUUCCUCAUACUUGUGUUUGGAACACCUCCGAUACUGCUUGGGGCAGCUGCUGCAUCUACAGCCGGCUUUCAUCGGGUGAAACCACACAAUCUUCCUCCUGUACAGACAUCUCAGCAGCAGGAGAGGUGCAGGGAUUUCCAUGCAGAGAGAUACAGACACACAGACACACUCCACACCUUUGAGGAUUGGAACCUGACGUCUUAUGGUUCUCCAUCUCCAUAUGAACGUGGGGAAGCAGCUCAAGUCCUGCCCAUCACAUUACAGCACCUCACCCCCUCCUUCAUCUCCAUAAUCGGAACAGGAUGUGUUGCUGCUGCUGUGAUGUCAUCUGCUGAUUCUGGUUUGAUUUCUGCUGCUUCUGUCUUCACCUCCAACAUAUACAAGAACCUCCUGAGGCCACAGGCGUCAGACAGAGAGAUUCAGUGGGUGAUCCGAGUUGCUGUGAUAGUCGUGGGUUUGGUUGGUACAUCACUAACCAGCCAGGAAAACAGUGCCUUAAUCUUCUGGAUUCUUAGUGCUGAGGUGGCCUACAUCAUAAUCUUCCCUCAACUGGUCUGCGUCCUCUUCGUCAAUAUCUCCAAUGGUUAUGGAGCUGUUAUGGGCUGUGUGGUGGGAUCGGUGAUCAGAGUUCUCUGUGGACUCCCAUCACUCGGGCUGCCAGUUGUCCUCCACUUCCCAGGAUGUGUUGUUGAGGAUGGAGUUUAUGCCCAGUACGCUCCAGUUAAGACCAUCUCCAUGCUGUCUGCCAUUGCUGCCAUCGUGUUGUUCUCCUAUCUGACGUCUGUGCUCUUCAACAAAGGCCUGUUACCUGAGAAGUGUGACGUGUUCCAGGUGAAAGUCCAGCAAUCAGCAGGAGAGCUGACACUGGUUCAUGGGGCCAAAGAAGACCAUGAGAAAGAGACACUGGACAACACAUGUCCUCAGACUGAGGCCUCAGAGCCAAUGAUUAGCUCAGAGUGUGAGAGUCCCUGAAUAUCUGUGGUUUGAAUCCUAACACAGACCAGGAGGUUCUAUCACGUCACAUCACACAUCAUUUGUUAAUUUCUCAUGAUCUAUACGUUCAAAUGUAAAUUAUGAAAUUGUCUCAUAUUAAUUUGGCUGCCUCUUUAUGACCUACAACAGCAAAUGAGACUGUGAGAAAAUUUGCCUUUUUCUAUAAACCAGAGUAAUAAAUCAUAUUCACAUUAUAUAGAUGUUACCUUUAGGUCCCAUUUUCCAAAAGAAUGUCUCCAUAACGAUGAUAGAUACUCUACCUUGGAAAUUUAGGCUUCCAUUAGCGCAUAAGAGCAUAAGAAUAAUAAAAAGUAAAUAAGUUAA